GUCUCCUGUCUGAUGAGAAGACUCGUCUACUAGCACAGUUAAUUCGCAGUGGGAUUUUAUUUAGCUUUUUCUUCAACUGAUUUUAUGUCUGCUCAGUAUGGACUACUAUUCAUUUUGAACUGAAGCUUUCGUUGUGAUAUCACUACUAUUUUACGUGGAUAACAUUGGUCUUGUUUUGAGCUUCCGAUUUGAAAAUGUUGGACAAACGUAUGGAUGACCUGUACUUGCACGAAGUUAACGACGUUAGAGGAAAACCCGCCAAGGAGUCAUUUGAGAAACUGUAUCAUGUUGGUGCGCUCCUGGGAAGCGGUGGAUUUGGGUCAGUUUUCGCUGGACAACGCAUCGCGGACGGCUUGCAGGUGGCCAUCAAGAAAAUUUCCAGUGACAGGAUACUGCAAUGGGCGCGACUGCCUGGUGAGCCCGGCCUGGUUCCCAUGGAGAUCGCUCUGCUGCUGCAGCUGGGCGGGGGAGCGAGUGCCGGUGCUGUGCAUCGCGGGGUGAUCCGGAUGCUGGACUGGUUCGAGAUCCCCGGCCAGGGCUUCCUGAUGGUGUUUGAGAGGCCGCAGCCCUGUCAGGACCUCUUUGACUUCAUCACGGAACGCGGUGCUCUGGACGAGCCUCUCGCUCAGAGGUUCAUGAGGCAGAUCGUGGAGGCUCUUCAGUUCUGCCAGGCCAGGGGGGUCGUCCACAGGGACAUGAAGGAUGAGAACGUUUUGGUCGACACCCGCACUGGAGACAUUAAGAUCAUCGAUUUCGGCUCUGGUGCCCUGCUCAAAGACUCGGCCUACACAGACUUUGAGGGGACCCGAGUGUACAGUCCCCCUGAGUGGAUAACCCAGCAGCGCUACCACGCCCGGCCCCUGACCGUCUGGUCCCUGGGAGUCCUGCUGUUUGACAUGGUGUGUGGGGACAUCCCCUUCGAAAGGGACCAGGAGAUUGUGGAAGCCAAUCCUAGUUUCACCAAGCGCAUCUCCAUUGAAUGCCAGUCUCUGAUACGCUGGUGUCUGGAGCUCAGACCAGAAGACCGGCCGUCUCUGGAGCAGAUCCUGCUCCACCCCUGGAUGGAGACCACAGCAGACUGCAGUGACCUUCCAGAAGGCCACAGCAUGCCUAGCCAGUCCAGCCUGUAAACUCUGGGCUUUUAGGAAUGGGUUUGGGGAAACUUCACAUGCCUCAUUUGUUAUUGCCACCUUCAGUUUUGUUAUUGACUGGUUCUCCCCAUAUUUAUACAUUAAUUUAAAUUGGUUUAGUUACUGAAGCUUCAGCAGUAGUUAAGUUAUUAUUGAAGGGUAUCUUUCUGAUUUUUGUUUGAACAGGGGGUGAUGUUGGAAAUGAAAAACUUAAACGGCAGUUAUGGAAAAUCUGAAAAUGAAUAGAAAUAAUUGCACUCUGAACAGAAAAUCUGAUGGAAUUAAGGUAAAGGUCUGAAGGGUUUAAACCAUUGUGAAUUACACAAAACUCCCUUGGCCAUGUGCACCUUUGUGGAUUUAAAUCUGUAUUUUCUAUUUAUUUGCUGAGCAUUUAUUUAUUUUCAAAGGUGGUCUAUUUAUUUAAGCCUUGUUAACAUAAUUGGCAUGUUGAAGUUUCCUGUAUUCUUGAUGAAAACCCUGGUAUGUGGAUUUGUUGAAUUCAUGUACGUUGCCCCGUGGAGACCUGGUUUUACAGGUUAUUAGAAGCAGUGCCAUUUGGUACCUCAGUUUUAUGAGGGAACAGUGACUCAUAUGUUUCCCUUUUACCCCAUAAUGGGAGGAAGUCCACUCACAACAGUAAUACUGCAGAAUGCCUCCAUCGCUAAAGACCAAGAGAGUCCCAGUUGUUGCCAAAUUGACACUUUGGGACAUUAAAGCCAUUCGCUUUGGAGAAGAGGAAGGGGAAAGGACCCUUGCAAACAAUGCGGUCAUACAGGUCACCUUGUGUAUAUAUGUGUGGGUGUGUGUGUGCAUGCACGUUUUACUUUAAAUGUUUUGGCACAUGUUCCAGCUACUCUGUCUCAGGUGGUAUGAUUGUCAAGGUUGUUUGGAGCUGUAUACUGGAAUCUAGUCACCAGACCAGAAAUGAAGAAUAAUACAGACGUAACUGUACAAUGUAUCAAAAAUGUUAAGUCAACUACUUUGUGUUUACACUGAGCAAUUUAUUCAAUCUCUGUCUCAGGUUAAGUCUGAAUGUUUACCUCGAGAGCCAAAAACAGUCUCAGGUUAAGUGCGAAUGUUUACCUCGAGAGCCAAAAACAACCUUGUCUGCCUCAGUAUUUCGCCCAGUUGUAGCAGACCAAGAACACAGUCUGCAUUGAGAACUGGCUCGCCUACUUUUAUUUAUUUGUUUCCUUUUGGCGAAAGCUGGACCUUUUGGACCAAAUGAACCCUGUAUUUCACUGAAUUCUGUUUUAAGUUUUUCCUACUUCUCAUCUGUUUAAAUCUUAUGUGGGAAAGAAAGCAGCAUUGAACAUUUGGCUUCUUUUUAUGCUUUAAUGUCUACAUUAGGUACUUAAACAGGUAGCAUUUGGAUGUUCAGUUUAUAAUACCAAUUCAUGACUUUAAGAAAUGCUUAAAAUUGGAAUUUGUACUACCCUGCCAUUUAAUCGUUUUGGGAGGAACCGAAGUUUUCAUUAUUCAGAGUGUAUUUCCUCGAUUGUUGUUCAAUAAGAAAACAAAUGUACAUGUUUAAUUAUUGACCAUUUGUCAAGGAGUUGAUACUAAUAGCAGUACUUCUACUAUUUUUGGUAAUCCUAGUUAAUUUGCUGGGGUUGGAACAGUUUUAUUUGUUGUAAAUACAUAUGUAUUGUUUUGAUGUAAUGUCACAAUUGUCACAUUUUGUUAUAUUUAAAUGUACAGGCAAAUUGAAUACAUUUUAUUUAUUGAGAUUGUUUUAAAGAACGGAACUACUUGACAAUAAAAUAUUUGAAAAUA